ACAGCUGCGCUGAAGUUCGCAGUCGGACUUGCUAUGUCUGCUACAGAAAGACAAGGAGAAACAGACCUUUAACUCUCAGGGACAGUGACACAACUCGCUCAGCUGAUCGGCGACGUCCCACCGGUGACAGUUAAACAUGUUUUCCCUGUCAAUGUCGGUGCAGCCACAGGUGACUGUACCUCUUAGUCACCUCAUCAACGUCCUCCAGUCUCUGAAGAGCUCAGUGGGAAGCAGCAGCAGUGCCACCUGCAAAUCAAGAAAACAAAAGGAGCAUGCCUCAGACUCAGAACCACACUGUACAGAGUCUCUGUGGAACCUGCGGGAGCUUGGUUUAUCAGACCUGGGAACUCGGCAGCUGGAUGAGCUGGUGAACUGUGUGUUGCCCCGCUUGAGCCCACAGGAGAUGCCACUUCCACUCGGUGAUCAGACAGCCUGGAGGAGCUCACAUCUCUCCACACACUCCUUUUUCCACAAUAAGCAUGGCUUCUCAUCGGGUCCCAUGCCAGUUUUUUCAAGGCAGCACCCUUCCGCUCUUCAGUCUGUCUGCACAGAGCUACAAUAUUGGCCAGUGCUGGUUCAGAGCAGAGGCUUUAAAACUUUGAGGAGCAAAACCAGACGACUGCAGCCACCCUUCGAACGACCCGUGGAAUCUGAAGGCUUCACACCAUCUUUUAUGAAGGGCUUUCUUAUACGCGACAAAGGGGUAGAAGUUGAAAGUCUCGACAGCCUCUUGAAGAGCAAAAACAUACCCGACGGACAGCACGACGCUUUCAAGCGGGGCUUCGCUGAGGGCUUCUUGAAAGCUCAAGCCCUGACACAGCGCACUCAAGACUCUCUGAGGAGGACUCGUCUAAUCCUGUUGGUGAUGCUUGUUUUGGGGCUCUAUGGCAUCUCCAAAACCCCCUUCAUAUCGGUGCGGUUCCGAACCACAUCAGGCCUGGACUCAGCCGUGGACCCUGUGCAGAUGAAAAACGUGACAUUCGAGCAUGUCAAAGGGGUGGAAGAAGCUAAGAACGAGCUGCAGGAGGUGGUGGAGUUCCUGAAAAACCCGCAGAAGUUCACGGCCUUGGGAGGAAAGCUGCCAAAAGGUGUUCUACUUGUUGGUCCUCCGGGGACUGGAAAGACUCUGCUGGCCAGAGCCGUGGCAGGAGAGGCAGACGUACCGUUUUACUACGCGUCUGGGUCGGAGUUUGAUGAGAUGUUCGUUGGAGUUGGAGCCAGUCGCAUCAGGAACCUUUUCAGGGAGGCUAAAGGCAACGCUCCCUGUGUGAUCUUCAUUGAUGAACUGGACAGUGUUGGUGGCAAAAGGAUAGAGUCUCCCAUGCACCCUUACUCCAGACAGACUAUCAACCAGCUGCUUGCUGAGAUGGACGGGUUCAAACCAAACGAAGGCGUGAUCAUCAUCGGAGCAACCAACUUCCCAGAGGCUCUAGAUAACGCCCUGAUCCGCCCAGGACGCUUUGACAUGCAGGUGACGGUACCCAAGCCAGAUGUGAAAGGACGCACCGAGAUUCUCAACUGGUACCUGAAGAAGAUCAAAGUGGAUCCAGCCAUCGAGGCCAAUAUCAUCGCCCGGGGCACAGUGGGCUUCUCUGGCGCUGACCUGGAAAAUCUGGUCAACCAAGCAGCUCUUAAGGCAGCAGUUGAUGGCAAAGACAUGGUCACGAUGAAGGAGCUAGAGUUUGCUAAAGACAAAAUCCUCAUGGGCCCUGAGAGACGGAGCGCAGAGAUAGACAAGAAGAACAAGCUCAUCACAGCAUACCACGAGUCUGGUCAUGCCAUCGUAGCGUACUACACCAAAGAUGCCAUGCCCAUCAACAAGGCCACCAUCAUGCCCAGAGGCCCCAGUCUGGGACACGUGUCUAUGCUCCCAGAGAACGAUCGGUGGAGUGAAACUCGCUCUCAGCUUCUGGCCCAGAUGGACGUCAGCAUGGGCGGCCGGGUAGCAGAGGAGAUUAUAUUCGGCCACGAGUACAUCACAACUGGAGCAUCGAGUGACUUUGAUAGCGCCACCAAGAUUGCAAAGCUGAUGGUGACCAGAUUUGGAAUGUGUGAAAAGCUGGGUGUGAUGACCUACACCGACAUGACGGCGCAAAGUCCAGAGACGCAAGCUGCUGUGGAGCACGAAGUCCGAGUGUUACUGAAGGAGUCGUACGAGCGCGCCAAAGCCCUGCUGAAGUCUCACGCCAAGGAGCACAAGAACCUGGCAGACGCUCUGCUCAUGUACGAGACGCUGGACGCCAAAGAGAUUCAGCUGGUCCUCGAGGGCAAAACGCUGGAGACCAGAUGAAACCGGCAGGAGCGGGAACAAUUGGAGGCACCGACGGGGAGGGAGGGGCUUAGUUUUUAGGAGGUGAUGGAAGGAGGGAUGGACUCACAACGUCUCCUGACAAACGCUCAUGUAGAAGAGUGUCACAUCCUCAUGGAAUCCCACCGUUAUUCUCAGAUAAGUAGUGCUGUUAUGUCAAACAUCUUUCCCAUGUUGAGAACUAAGCAGGUGUUCGUCACGCAGGUUUAUCGUAUGUGGUGAAGGGUUCAAUGCCUAAUGUUAAGGAUCUCGCUCAGGUCACUUUAUUAGUCACUUUAUUAGAGGAAGUAAACACGUGAAUGUGAAUAUGUACCUCAGAUACAAGAACAGCGUCUGGACAGGAUUCUGAUGUUAAGGUUGAGUUGGAAGAUGUUUCUGCUUUAGCCGGGUCAGCUCAGAUUCUCAUCCUGUUCGUGGGAAAUGUGCUGACGUGGACCGUUUAACCCAAAGAACUACUUUGUAGUCAUGGCGACCCGAAUUUAGCUGAAACUCAGUUGUCUUCCAGCGUUUGUGUUCAUAUCUGGUAAAUGUCACGCGAAUAUUCCCGUUCUGUUGUAGUCGAGUUAGCACAAAGAGCCGUCACGCCUCUCCACCCGACACGUAUACGUCCUCUCCUCCUGCUGUACCCGUCUCCCUGUUGCUUCUUUUUAAAGGUGGCCUUUUGGGGAAUGUACCAUAAGCAUAAACUUUUCCUUUGAAGUAGGAAGUGUAUAAACGACUCAGCACUUUGGGUGAGUGUACAAAUUGAAAAUAUCCUCUUUGUGUAAUUUAUUUCCUUGAUGCUACCUGUACAGAUGGAACAAAAGCUGCUGCUCAAGCCUCCAAAAGCAUGUGACGAAUAUAAGCUGUGUUUUAUGUAGUGAUCAGUGAACAUUGGACGCUUCAUCAUUUUAAAGCUGUCAGGGUGGCCUAAGUUAUUUAAACAGUUUGGCUUCUAAAAAAAAAAAGCCUCCCGGCGGCGUAUGAGUUGUUCUUGUAUUUGCAACUGAAUUAAAUAAAGACUCUUAGAUUAUUCAGACAAAUCAAAAGGCCACUUCUGUCCCCGUUGUCAUGACAUUUCUUUUUUUUCUUUUUUUUUUUUUUUUUAAACUAAAUUUGCACAACACCAUGGAUGCUAGUUAAUAGUAGCACUUUCUCCAGUUAUGAAAGAAAAUGAAGAAAGUUAAUUCAAUUUAAUUGUAAAGCGACAUCCUUGGUUCUAAGCAGGACAUCUCUUCCAUACCGAUUGUGUGUAAAAAAAUUUCUACAUCUGUUGAAAUGGUGAAUGUCUGUUUCCAAGUAAAUAGCAGCAACCGUGUAUGUAAUCCAUAUUUAGAGGAACACCAGCAUGUUGUACUUCAUAGUGUACUCAUUUUCAGUUUUUAUUUUGCUUCGGUUUGACUCAACAUAUUCCGUUUGUUGGCCUUUUACCCACGUGUAGCUGUGUACAUAUGGUGGAGAUGUCAUGGGAACCUUGUAUAUAGAUGUAUAGUGAUGCUUUUACGCUGUGUACACACUGAAUGGCUCUCUGCUGUAGAUCUCUCCACAGUGUGAUGGCAAUGGUUUCAUUCUUAUUUGUGCAGCCGAAAUAAAGACAAAGAACCCCACAUGAAAA